UGAAAAAUGAGUGAGUAAGCGCUAAGAGAAGUGAAAAGAAAACAGAAAACAGCGAAAACACUAAAGAAACGCUAAUCUUGCCAAGAUGAUAAGUUUCGUUCCUUGAAUGUAACUUUAUUAAUAUUUUGCGUUCAAAAGCGAGAAGUGAUAGGCUUCAUUAUUUGUGACUAUGUUGUGAUUAAAUGUCGGUGCUGGAAGAAUCGAAAGAAGAGGAAAUUAGCCACAUAUAGUGAAGUUUAUAUUCCUUUGUUUUUAUCUAUCAGACGCGUCCAUUUUGUGAAAGCAAAAUUUGCGCCGUACCUGAAAUAGUUUGUUUUCCACUUUUUAAGCGCAAAAUUCAUCAUCUUGGUCUGUGAUACUACAGUUAAGAGUAUUUUUGUUGAUACUGUUGUAUACCAACAUAGAAAUAGACUAUAUUGAAGUGUGUUACUGUUUUACUACAAUUUCACACUACGAACUUUUGUGAUUAUUAUGGCUAAAAAGCACAUAGGUGGCAAAAUUGUCAUCAACGGGAAAUUUCGUGCAACGAGGCAUCCAUCCAAAGUGAAAGUACCAAGCACUCACCAAGGGUCACCCAUGCAGAGGCCUUCUCCAGGUAAAGGUGAACCUCUUCCACAUAAGCUGACUCCUGUUAGAGUACCUUCAGGUGAACCUCAGGGUAGUUUAAGAUCUAGUCCUCGUACUUCUCCUGGUUUGUUGGCGGGCCAUUAUGCGGGUUGCAAAUUUUCGGAACCACCAUCACCGUCUGCUUUACCGCUGCCCCCACAACAUUGGAUGCAAACAACAACUAGAACACUUCAGUUGCCCUUCCAUUCUAAUAAGUCUGAUCACAAUGAUGUUGCACAACAGCUGAAGCUGUUAUUGAAAGUACAGGGUUGACCUGUAAAUCCAUCAACAAAUUCUAAUUACAAAAGACCUUUAUCUUUAUAUAUACUUUUAUGAUGAGUGAGCAUGAUAUUGAGAAUAUGUGAUUAAUUUUAAGAGUUUUGGUAGCGAGUGAACACGACAAUAUGGUAUUAUAAGGACUAUUUUUUUAGAGCUCUGUAUAAUAAAAUGUUUUUAAGUGAGAGAAUACUUUGAGAUGGUCCCGGUAUUGUGUUUUAUUGUAGAAAUAAUUGUCCUGUUCAGCCGCACUGUGAUAUGCAGUCAUACUUACAAAUCGUGAUUGCUUUAGAUUGUAGAUAGUUUUAAACCUUUACUUUAGUCUAUUUCUAAAUGUGAUUUUGUUUAACUGUUGAAAAUUGUAAGAGUAUAAAUUUGAGUUCGUAAUUUAUGAGCAAUGCUCAAAAAUAAGUGUGUGAUAAAUGUUUAGUUUUUAAUGUCUAUGUGGUAACAAAUAGCAUUUGAAGCAUUUAUGAUGUCUCUAACAAGCUCUCUAAUGCUCUCCGCCUUUGCUCAAACCAUUGGCACGUACUGAUUUAUAAUUUUGAGCAUUACAGAGAUUUGUUCAGAUAAACGUAGAAGCUUUAAUUAGUAGUAAAUGGUCAAUUUUUUCUUAAUAACAAACAGUAUACUUACAGUACAAAUUGACAAUUUUUUAAAUGCUAUUUUGUUAUCGUGUUCAGAAAAAUGUAAUAUAAUCUAAAUAAUCGUCAAUUAUGACGCAUAUUUUUGUUAAAUGCAGUACAAAUGUAUAAUCACUAUUAAUUAAGGAUAUAGAUGUAAGAGUAAUCAACAAAGCUUUAACCAAGUAUACAACUCAGCAUAUUUAUCAUUCAUUUACAUAGAAUUCUAUACAGAGUUUAUAUAUUAGAGAGUGCUGAGUGGUGUACUUAAAAAUCAUUGGUCAUCAUUCAAUAUUGUGCUGUAGUAAAUAUUGAGGAAAGUCUUCCCUCAUUAACACAAAUUGCAGUGAUGUGCAAUAUCAGAAUUUAAGUUAAUAUUUGGUGAUUUGUUUUUAAGAAUUAGGGAUUCUAAUUUUUUUAAUUCAUUUAAUUUUUUGGUUCUUAUGAAAUGACAAAAUUUUAAAUUUAUUGUUAGUUUCUCAUUAUGGGGUUUAUUAGGAUCUCUUUAUUCUAUUGUAUACCAGUUAAGUUUUAGUUUUUAGAAUCUCAGAUCUCAUAUUGUUCACUAAAGUCAUUUUACUUAGCAAUAUGUAAUUAUGUAAAAAAAAUCAUAUAUUUCAUCUCCAUCCUAAAAUCUGUGAUACCUCUACCCUUGUCCUUGCCUAUACCUUAUCCUUUGCAAAAUGUUUGUACAUUCCUUAGAUACCAAAUUUAAAAUAUAUUUCCACUAAAAAAAAAUUGUCCUGUUAAUCCUUGAUCUUUAAUCCCUAAUCUGUACCCCUUCCUAUGUCCCUUUCCUUUCCGGGGUUACCACCCCUCUAAA